AUGACUUUUACUCCUGCUAAAGGUCCCAAGACUCUUUACGACAAGGUCUUUGAAGACCACGUUGUUCACAAGGACGACUCUGGAUCCUAUUUGCUGUACAUCGACAGACAUUUGGUUCACGAAGUUACUUCUCCCCAAGCUUUUGAAGGAUUGACAAACGCUAACAGACCAGUUAGAAGAAAGGAUUGUACUUUGGCUACUGUUGACCAUAACAUCCCAACAUGGUCCAGAAAGAACUUUAAGAGCCCGGAGACGUUCAUCAAGGAAUCCGACUCCUUGUUGCAAGUCCAAACUUUGCAGAAAAAUGUCAAGAAAUUCGAUGUGCCGUUUUUCGGUAUGACUGAUUCCAGACAAGGUAUUGUCCACAUUAUUGGUCCAGAACAGGGUUUUACACUUCCAGGUACAACCGUUGUGUGUGGUGACUCUCACACUUCGACACACGGUGCGUUCGGAUCUCUAGCUUUCGGUAUUGGUACUUCGGAAGUUGAGCACGUUUUGGCCACUCAAACCAUCAUCCAGGCCAAGUCUCAGAACAUGAGAAUCUACGUCGACGGCAAAUUGAGUCCAGGCGUCACUUCCAAGGAUUUGAUCCUGCACAUCAUUGGUGUGAUCGGUACUGCUGGUGGUACCGGCUGUGUCAUGGAAUUUGCUGGUGAAGCCAUCGAGGGCUUGACUAUGGAAGCCCGUAUGUCUAUGUGUAACAUGGCCAUUGAGGCAGGUGCUAGAGCUGGUAUGAUCAAACCUGACCAAACUACUUUUGACUACGUCAAGGGCAGACCUCUUGCACCAUCAGGCGCCGAAUGGGAAAAAGCCGUUUCUUACUGGAACACUCUACACACUGAUGAAGGUGCUCACUUUGAUUUUGACAUCAAGAUCAAGGCUGCUGACAUUGUUCCAACCAUCACAUGGGGAACCUCGCCACAGGAUGCUCUUCCAAUCACGGCUAGCGUCCCGGACCCAGUCAACGUGAAGGAUGCCAUCAAGAAGUCUAUGAUGGAGGGCGCCCUAAAAUAUAUGGGCCUCAAAGCCAACACUCCUCUAAAGAGUAUUUCCAUUGAUAAAGUAUUUAUCGGCUCUUGUACCAAUGCUCGUAUUGAAGAUUUGAGAGCUGCUGCUGCUGUUGCUAAGGGCCACAAGAAGGCCGACACUGUCAAACUUGUCAUGGUUGUUCCCGGGUCCGGUUUGGUCAAGGAGCAAGCUGAGAAGGAAGGUCUGGACAAAAUUUUUGAAGAAGCUGGCUUUGAAUGGAGAGAAGCCGGCUGCUCGAUGUGUCUAGGUAUGAACCCCGAUAUUUUGAGCCCAGAAGAGCGCUGCGCGUCAACCUCGAACAGAAACUUCGAAGGCCGUCAAGGUGCCAGAUCACGCACCCAUUUGAUGUCGCCUGCUAUGGCUGCUGCCGCUGCUAUUAAUGGUCAUUUCGUGGACAUCAGAGAAUUUGAGUAUAAAAACAACGAUGUGCCAAAGGUCUCGAUCGAGAAGGAGGCUGAAGAUAAGGCCCUGCAGGAUGCUAUCUACGAGCACGAGAAGCAACCACUUCAAAAAGGAGAAUCCGCUGAUGAGUUGGAGGACGAUGAGAUUCGCGACAUUCCACCUGCUGAACACGAAGCUCAUGAAACACCUUUGAAGUCUUCCACAAAUUCCGCCCCCGCUGGUAUGGAGCCAUUCCUAACUGUCUCUGGUAUUGCUGCACCAUUAGAUAAGGCCAAUGUCGACACAGACGCUAUCAUCCCCAAGCAAUUCUUGAAGACCAUCAAGAGAACUGGAUUGAAGACUGGUCUCUUCUACGAAUGGCGUUUCACCAAAGAUGCUGAUGGUAAGGAUCAAUCGCGUGGCUUUGUCUUGGAUACCGAGCCCUACACCAAAUCUCAAGUUCUCGUUGUCACUGGUGAUAACUUCGGUUGUGGAUCUUCUAGAGAACAUGCGCCAUGGGCGUUGAAGGACUUUGGUAUCAAAUCCAUCAUUGCACCAUCGUUCGGAGACAUUUUCUACAACAAUUCUUUCAAAAACGGCUUGCUACCUAUUAGACUUCCUCAAAGUGUUAUUCUGGAAAAGAUCUACCCAGUUGCGCAAGCUGGUAAGAACUUGACUAUUGACCUGCCAAAUCAGCGCAUUUUGGAUUCUGAUGACAAGGUUCUAGUCGAAAACUUCGAGGUCGAAAGCUUCAGAAAACACUGUCUGGUUAACGGUCUCGAUGACAUUGGAAUUACGUUGCAGAAAGAAGAUUUCAUUGAGAAAUUUGAAGCUAGAAGAAGGGAUCAAUUUUCUUUCUUGGAAGGCGGGUCUCGUUUGGUAAAGCCUAUCGUCGGAUCGAAGAAGAGCCCAUUUGGAAACAGGGCGCAAGAAUGGUGA